CUAGGCUGUGUAGUUCUACGAGGGGCGUGCAGGCACAGCGAAGCUCGUCGUGGUUUGGAGAAGACAGACGCUCAAGAUUUGACUUCGCAAGGAAAGACAAUGCGACUUUUUUGAAAGCUUUUUUUCCUGAAAGUUGGCAGCGUUUUAUUUUUAUUUUUUUUAGCGACCCAUCCAGUGCUGCUGUGUUUUGUGGCUUGUUUUCCUCUCGCGAGUUGGGACGUAAAAAACGAGAUUGAACUAACCAGCAGACAUUUUGGCAUUCCCCCCCACACACACGUUUUUCAUCCAGCAAACUUGUUUGACCUGGUUCGUUUUCCAAGAUAGCUGCUUUUUGGGUAUGAUUAUUAUUAUUAUUAUUAAAGCUGACGCUGAGUGAGUGUAAAAGCGUCAUUCCAAAUGUUCUACCGAGCGAGGUAUCAUUUUUGAGUGACAGCUUUUGGAAGAGGAAGAAUUACAGCUAGCUUAGCUUAGAUGCACGGUGGUUAGCUCCAACCACGGCGUCAAGUCCAAACUAAAGGCAUAAUUUGGAUUUUUAUUUGAGUUAGGGUGAGUGCGUUUUGGAGAGUGGGGGGGCGGGGGGGUUCGCUAGGUAGCUGUGAGCUUGACGCUGGACAGCUCCACUUGGAAGUAUUUUUUGGGGGGGGAGGCACAAAGGAACAAUAUCAACACAGAGCUUUUUUGGAUUUAGGGGCGAAAAGACAACAACAAGGGACUGACAUGAUGUUUCCACAAUCAAGACACUCAGCUUCAUCGCAGCAGCUGAAAUUCACAACAUCCGACUCCUGUGACAGGAUCAAGGAUGAGUUCCAGUUCCUCCAAGCACAAUACCACAGCCUGAAGCUGGAAUGUGACAAGCUGGCCAGUGAGAAGUCGGAGAUGCAACGUCAUUACAUCAUGUACUAUGAGAUGUCCUACGGGCUCAACAUUGAGAUGCACAAACAGGCUGAGAUUGUGAAGAGAUUAAAUGGGAUCUGCGCACAAGUCCUCCCAUACCUGUCUCAGGAGCACCAGCAGCAGGUCCUGGCAGCCAUCGAGAGGGCCAAGCAGGUCACCCCCCCAGAGAUGAACUCCAUCAUAAGGCAGCAGCUCCAGGCCCACCAGCUGUCUCAGCUCCAGGGCCUGGCUCUGCCUAUGACCCCCCUGCCGCUGGGCCUGAGCCAGCCCAGCCUGCCCGCCGUCACCACCUCCUCCGGCCUCUUUUCCCUCUCCUCCCUGCUGGCCUCCCAGGCUCAGCUGGCCAAGGAGGAGAAGGCCUCGCGGGACGCCGCCGACAGCCACCGCGAGGAGGACGGGGACAAGUCCGACUAGGUGGUGCCCCCUCCCCCCCGGUCUAUCUGUCUAUCUAUUUCUCUCUCUCUCUUGAGGUUUCACCGCCGAGACCCUGACUUGCGCUCUUCUCCGCGGGAAAAAAAAUUGGCCUCUGAGCUUCUCGCCAGACUGCGACUUUCUCCAUAUUUUCAUGUCUCUUUUUUAUUGAAUGUUUUAAUGAUGAAGCUUCCUGCUCUUUAUUCCUACUUCCUCUCUCCUCCUCCCCCCUCUUUUUCUCCUCCCCACGUUUAUCACCACUGGCGCUGCAUUCAAGACCGCUGGGAAUCGAGCAUUAUAAUAGAAUUAGGCAUGAUAAUAGGUUGAUCAAUCUUUUUUGAAUUGAUUCAUCAUUUCAGACCCGCCAAGCAACAGAAAUGAAGCGCCCCUCCAAAUUGCAGCCGAUUUGAAAUUUUCAUUUUCAUUCCACUGCUUUGAAAUGUCGAUUUGAAUUUGAUUUAUUGUUCAGUCAUAGUUUUCCUGUAGAACGGGUUCUGAUAAAAGCCGAUGUCCAAUUUAGCCAAUUUCUAACGUAUAAUCUGAUGAAUGUUUUAGUUGCGUUUAGGAAAUGUCAACUUUUCCCAGUUUUCUUGAACACAGCAAUCAUAGUCAGCGCAGCAAUUGUUUAUCUGGCCUAUCAAACUCCUAAAUUUCCUUUCUUUUACAAUUGCAUGUUUCUGAACAUCGUAACUCCACUGCUACCCAAAACAGCCGCACCUAUAGAGUUGCGUAAACAGCCCUGGAGUGGAAUUGGGUUGUAUAAUUGUCUCAAUUUAGAUAAUAUUGUCCACCCAGAUGGACUUUAAAGAGUUAAGAGUGAUCAUGUUUGAAGUUGGUUGCUAACCAAAACAGCAGCAAGUUUUUUUAAAGUUCUUUUUUUUUUUUAAACUUUAGCUUUGUAAUAUCCUGAUUUUUCUUUCCUGUUUUCUUAAGAGUGCUUUUUCCCGACAAUUCAUCUUUCAAAACCUUUUGAUUCUCACACUUUUGUUUCUGAAAAUGUGACUCAUAAUUUUUUGACUUAUUUCUCUCAACAAUAACCUCCCCAAAAACUUGUCACCCAGUUUCUUUUCUCAAAAGCGUACAACCAGAACUUUAUUCGAUUACAUCUUUUCUACAAACUUAGCACUUAGCAACAUCCGUGUCCCUGCUGUUGAGUGCAGCACAUCAUCCUCCCGUCUCUCUUUCAUGCUGUGCUUAUUGUCGCCAUACCACACACACGUUAACGCAUGAUCCACAGGGAAAGCAAAUUUGAUCAUCUUUUUUUUUAUAGGGAGCUUUUUGUGAUCAGUGCACUUGUUGGAUUGUAGUCUAUUUUAGUGGCUUCACAAGCUGCCAUACAAAAAAAGCUCAUAACCCAUUAUCCCAAAUAAUAAUAAGAAUAACCAUCAUAUUUUUCAUACAUUUCUUGUGGCUCUCCUGAUAGAAAAAAAACCCUGAUGUAUUAGUUGACAUAACUGGAGGUGAUGACCUCAGCGUACACUCGGGCAUGCAUAGAGAGCUUUAUGUGUACAUACAGUAUAAUCUGGAUGGUUGUUGCUGUUUAAGGCGGGUGACCUUUGCCCCCCCCUUUUCCCCCCUCUUCUCAUUUCGCAACUUUUUAGCUCAUAGCGUCAAGCAUUGUAAGCUUUGUAAGGUCCUUUGAUUUUUUUCAAUACUUAUUUUGUGUAUAAUGUAAAACCUGAAAGUGGAAAUGUUUUGUGUCCUACAUCAUACCUACAUUUAAACAACAACAAGGGGGGGGGGAGAGCAAACUAUCAAAAGUACAGCAGACAUUUAUGUGAAAUAAUAUGAAAUGUUGUGCAGUAAGGAAGGACUUCUGGUGCCUUACAAAUAAAGUCAAUCAAAUCAUAA